UAAUAAGAGGUGGAUCAGUCACUGGAACAUUUAGUUGAAUGAACUGUGUGUUGGUAGAUUCUACUCUACUUUGCAGAAUAAAAGUAUUGAUUUUCCCGUAUUGUUUAGAUAAUGGAACCAAAUCCUGUAAUUAUCGCUGCCACAGCCAAACAAACGGCGUCUCUUAUAUUUCUUCAUGGUCUGGGUGACACUGGCCAUGGUUGGGCAAAUACAAUUGCUGCUAUUCGUGGCCCUCACGUUAAGGUAAUAUGUCCGACUGCCGCUACAAUGCCAGUGACGUUGAAUGCAGGUUUUCGUAUGCCAUCCUGGUUUGAUUUAAGAACAUUAGAUGCUACAGCUCCUGAAGAUGAAGAGGGAAUCUUAAGAGCCACUGAACAUGUACACCGUCUUAUUGCUAAUGAAAUUAAAGCUGGUAUACUUCCCGGCAGGAUAUUGCUAGGUGGGUUUUCUCAAGGUGGCGCAUUAGCUCUUCAUGCGGGUUUGACAUAUCCAGAACCUCUAGCUGGAAUUAUGUCACUAUCUUGCUGGUUACCACGACAUGCUCAUUUCCCGGAUGCAGUUAAGACUUCUAAAGACAUUCUGAUAUUUCAAGCUCAUGGUGACUGUGAUCCAGUAGUUCCAUUUAAAUGGGGACAAAUGACUGCUUCGUUCCUCAAGACUUUCAUGAAAAAUGUCGAAUUCACAACAUACCAGGGCUUGACACAUAGUUCUUCAGAUGCCGAGCUUAAAGAUAUGAAAGCGUUUAUAGAAAAAACAUUAGCUGCUUGAACAAAAUAGUUAAAAAAUAGCUAUAAACCCGUCAUGCUAACCGUUCUAUUUCCGUGGCUUAGAGUACAUUAGUAUAAGAUAUUAAAAGUACCUAAUAG